UGCUGCGAUUGCUGCUCAAGACGAGCAGACCUCCGCGUCUUCAUCUCCUCAGCUUCCUGGGGUCCCCGCUGCCUUCGUUGUCGAGACCGAAGAUUCCACUGUCUCUUCCUUGCUUCUUGCUUCCAUGGGAAGCAUGAGUCUAUUGGAACUUGGGACAAGAAGAAAACAAAGUAUCUCCACUACAAAACCCAGACACUAAAGCCAUGUCCCAAACUCUGAAGAGCCAGGACACAAACAUGAGCGACAGUGGCCACAGGGACCCUGUGGGAGACUCUCAAAACGUUUUGGAAAAUGAUCCAUCAGUAAACUCUGAAGCACAGGACACCACAGUCACACCGAGUAACACUGCGGAAGCCGGGGCCUUACAUCCCACAUCUCAUCCUAAGGAAGACCAUCAUGAAAUCAGGGCCCCAGGUCAGGGGCAUGCGGACACAGGUGACAGAUCAGAAAGUUCAGAGGAACCAGCUUUAGAGAAACCUCCACUGGGUAAAGCCGAUCUGGAGAGGAGCCCGGACACACUGUGUUCUCAGGACACAGAGCCAGGGCAGCACCCCCACUCGGAACAUGCAGGCGGAGACGCCUCUCUGGAUCCACACCCGGAGAGCAGAGCUGCGGCCCCCCAAGGCGGGGCAGGGAGCAGAGGGGAAGCCGAUGCACACCCGGAGAGCAACGCUGCGGCCCCCCAAGGCGGGGCAGGGGGCAGAGGGGAAGUGGCUCAGGAGCUGCUUGCUGCAGACUCUACCGAUGCCCAGAGUCCCGGUCAUUCCCGUGCAGGCCCAGGGAGCCAGGACACACUGAGGAGGCGACUUCCCGCACCAGAGGCUGGAAGUCAUGAAGAAGAGGCGCAGUUGGUGAAGGAAAAGGAAGAGGUUGCACAGGAUACAUUGAGAAAGACUGAUCAAAAGAGUCUCUGGACCUAUGGUUCCGUGUUUCUCUGCUGCCUGAUUGUAGCUGUUGUGCUGCGCUCGGUCAACAGCUACUACUCCUCUCCAGCCCAGCAGGUGCCCCAGAACCCGGCCCUGGAGGCCUUCCUGGCUCAGUUCAGCCAACUGAAGGAGAAAUUCCCAGGUCAGAGUUCCUUCCUGUGGCAGCGAGGACGGAAGUUUCUCCAGAAGCACCUCAAUGUCUCAAACCCCAGUGAGCCAGCCACCAUCAUCUUCACGGCUGCUCGAGAGGGAAAGGAGACCCUCAAGUGCCUGAGCCACCACGUUGCCAAUGCCUACACCUCUUCCCAGAAGGUGACUGCCGUCUCCAUAGACGGAGCGGAGAGAGCCCUGCAGGACAGCGACACAGUCAAGCUGCUGGUCGACCUGGAGCUCAGCUAUGGGUUCGAGAACGGCCACAAGGCUGCGGUGGUCCACCACUUUGAGUCCCUUCCUGCGGGUGCCACCCUGAUCUUCUACAAGUACUGUGACCAUGAGAACGCGGCCUUUAAAGAUGUGGCCCUUGUCCUGACCGUCCUGCUGGAGGAGGAAACGUUGGAAGCAAGUGUAAGCCCCAGGGAAACAGAAGAGAAAGUGAGGGAUUUACUCUGGGGUAAGUUCACCAACUCCAAGACCCCCAGCUCCUUCAGCCACAUGGACUCCGACAAGCUGAGUGGCCUCUGGAGUCGCAUCUCCCACCUGGUGCUGCCCGUCCAGCCUGUCAGGGACAUAGAAGAGCGAGGCUGCCUUCUGUGAAGCCUGCCCCAGAGGUGACGUGAAGGGCCAGGUCUCCGGGCUCGGCCCACUGGGAGGAGGCGAUUGGCACGAGAGAGGAACCAGCUGGGAGGAGGCACAUGACUGUGUCAGAAAAGAAGCUUUUUGUUCUUUUUACUUUUAUAAAAACUUUCUAGUCUGAACUUUGAUAGAACUAACAAUUGGCCUGAUGUUUUUCUUUGUCUUUUAAAGCCAAUCAGGGUUAAAAUACAACAUGAUGUAUUGUUUAAGUAGCCAGCACAGCGCUAGCUAGAAUCAUUGCACAGGAAGAUCUGAUUCUCCAGGGAACUGCAGCCACACUGCUGCCUGCAAGGACUACCCGGCCUCUAGGGCGGGGUUUGGACCUGGACUGGUGCCAUUUGAAUGAUUUUAGAGAACUCUUCUACUACAUAUUAGUACUUUUUAAGAUUCACUGUAAUAAUACACUUGUGGGGUGGUUGUGUCUUACACAGAUUUGCACUUUGAGUAGGUGAAAACAGAAAAUUAGAAUUCAACCCUCCAAACCUUACCUAAGAACCUGUGUGUAUGCUUUUAUUCCGUUAAUGAGCUGAGGUAAGAACAGCUGUGCUCAAAUAAGAAUGUUCCCAAACAUUUGAAUCAGUGUAGAAAUUGUUAGGAAUUGCUGGAAAUGAAAAAAUGAAAAAAGGCCAUAUCAUUUCCUUGUGCCUGCCUGCGGCAGCCCCUCCUCCCCAUGAGAACAUGCCUGCUCUUGGCUGCUGGUAUCUGGGGUUCUCUUAGGAUUUCAGUGCACCUGAGUUUCACCGAGAAGGAAGUUUGAAAACCAUUGAUGAAAUGAAAGCACAUUCUGGAAUAGGAAGUCGGAGAGGAGGAAAUGAAAGUGUAGAGUUAGGAGGAGAGUGAGGUCCAGGUGACAGAGACCUGCAGAUGAGCACUGUGAGGAUGUAGGGCAAGGCCUCCAGCUCCUUCCCGCUGGAAUGUCACAGUUAUCUGUGGUAGGAGUGUGAGCGCUGUGAAGAGCACCCUUUAUCCAGUGGGUCAGCUGGUUAGAAAUGCCUUCGGAAAUGCAAGGGGAUGUUCUCCAUAGGGAACAGAAGGAGGAAGCAUGGCCAGUAUCAGUUGUUAAGCUGCAUCCCAGGAUUUCAGACCGGGGUCAAUAGCUGUUGAUCAGCAUGCGAACUCUGAAAGUAAAACUCUAGUAAAAUGAUCGUGACCCACGAAAGGUCUGUUCCGUUUCAUGGGUGGGAAAAGCCAUUGGAAUUUUGCACUCAGUUUUGGGUCAUCUGCUGCUAUGAGAUCAUGUAUGUAGUUAAGACAUUAAGCAACUUGGGUCUGGAGGGAUUUUAGGAAACACUAAAAAGAUAUCUAUUGAUAGUUAAAAGGUCACAGAGACACGGGUGAGAGGUGAUCUGAAAAUAUUUGCCACAAAAUGGCUUUGGCCAGAGCCUUUGGUGUUAAGUAACGUAAGAAUGGGGGCACACAUGAAACAGUAUGUGUUUGGGGUUUGAAGGAAUCCUGAAGUAGAUUUAAGAAAAUACCCUACACCAAGUUUAAGCAUGGUGAGUGGAGUCUGACUGUCACCCAAUGUAAAACACGGGGACUAGGAAAUCCAUUGGCCGUGUUUUAUUUUUUGUUUCUGUAUUUCUAGACUUCCUUGUCUUGAAUGCUAGCGGCUUGUCAUAUAACCACGUCUGGACUGCUGCUUACUCUGUAGUGUAGGCUGACUUUGAACUUACAGUAAUUUCUCCAACCUGAGUUUCCUGGGUGCUGAGGUUUGAGGUGUGUUUUGUCAUAGCCAGCUUUCAUUUCAGCUCUUAGCUACUAGCAUUAUGUCACGUAAGGCCACCUCAAAUCACAUCCGAAGGUGCCUUGCAGAGCUGUUAAGUUGGCCUUUGACUUGUGCUACCUUGGACUCUACAG